GGCCACCGCCGCGAGUGCUUCUCGUGCGCGUGCUCCAACGACGGCAAGCUCCUCGCGUCGGGCUCCGAGGACGGCACGGCGCGCGUCUGGGACGCGACGACGGGCGACCUCGUGCGCGUCCUCGAGGGCCACGGCAAGCGCACGGGCUUCCAGCAGCGCGGCGGCUUCGGCGCGCUCGUGUCCGCCGUGGCCUUCUCGCCCGACGGCGCGAGCCUCGCGACGGGCUGCCGCGACAACCUCGUCCGCGUCUUCGACCUGGCCACGGGCAAGAUCCAGCUCCAGCUCAAGGGCCACACCGCCUACGUCAGCUCCGUCGAGUUCAACGUCGACGGGGGCCGCCUCGUGUCCGGGUCCUACGACGAGACGGCCGUCGUCUGGAACGCGGUCACGGGCAAGAAGCGCAUGGCGCUCCUCGACAAAAAGGGCCACGAGGCCGCCGUGCUCUGCGCCAAGUUCUUCGUCGACGGCCGGCGGGUCGCGACGGCGUCGCAGGACAAGUCCGCGCGGACGUGGGACGCGAAGACGGGCGACCAGCUCGCCGUGCUGUUGGGCCACACGCACCACAUCACGGCCGUCGCCUGCCUCGCCGACGGGCGCCUCGUCACGGGCGCCAAGGACUACACGAUCCGCGUCUGGGAGGACAAGUGGAACGUCCACAACUACGACCACCGCGUGCUCGAGGGCCACGCGGACCGCGUCAUGGCCGUCGCCCUCGCCCAGAACGACGGCCUCCUCGUCUCCGCGUCCUUCGACCGCACGCUCAAGUGCUGGGACCCGGACCCGGCCGACGAGCUC